AUGAGACAACUUCUUUCUCUUUGUGUCAUUGGGAUUGUUCUGGUCUCAGCCAUUGAGCCGCCGCGCCAGCCUCACCAGCCUCUUGGAAAUGGCACCAAGCUGCUCACGUACAACGUCACCACUGGCAGCCCCGGCGAACUCUCUUCAUCAACUACCUAUGUCACAUGGGUAGACUCGGACAACGAUGGUGACUUCAUCACAUUUGGAGCAGAUGGGUCACUGAUAUUUGAAAACGUUGUUAGUGGAAACCGAACCACGUUCCUCAAUGCUGAUAAAAUCCCAGAGAACUACUACGACUAUUGGAUUUCUGCCGAUCGCAAGAAGAUCCUCUGGGCUAUCAACUAUACCAAACAAUAUCGCUACUCAUACUUCGCCGAUUACCUGGUUCAGGAUGUUGCAACUGGGCAGACACAGCCCCUGGUCUCAAGUUCAAAGAGUGACAUUCAGUUUGCUACUUGGAAUCCUGCCUCCUCUUCGCAGAUUGCUUUCGUUCAAGGCAACAAUUUAUUCAUCUGGGACGACGGGAAGGUAACUCAAAUCACUAAGAAUGGCGGACCGGAUAUGUUCAACGCCGUCCCCGACUGGGUGUAUGAGGAGGAGAUAUUUGGCGGCAAUUCCGCUCUGUGGUACUCUCCCGAUGGCGAAUACAUUGCCUUCUUGAGUUUCAACGAGACUGGUGUGGAGACUUUCACUGUUCCGUACUACAUGGACAACCAGGAAGUUCCCCCCUCGUAUCCUCGUGAGCUCGAGUUGCGCUAUCCUAAGGUUGGCACGACCAAUCCUACUGUCUCUUUCAACCUCGUUGACACGAAGAAAUUCUCUGUUUCUUCCAUUCCGAUCACUGCUUGGCCAGCCGACAAUCUGAUCAUUGGCGAAGUCGCUUGGGUGACCGAUGACCACGACAAGGUCCUUUAUCGCGCAUUCAACCGCGUCCAGGACCGUGAAAAGAUCGUGGUGGUUGACGUUGCUACCAAGAAAUCCACCAUCACUCGUCAGCGUGAUGGCUCUGAUGGUUGGUUGGACAACAACCUCGCCAUCACUUAUAUCGGCUCUAUUACCGAGAAGAAGCCCAAGCAGAAGCCGAGCAAGGGCAAGAACAACAGCAAGCCUCCUAAGGACAGGGAGCGUUACUACCUGGAUCUCUCCGAUGAAUCCGGCUGGAACCACAUCUACCUUUUCUCGAUCGAUGGUCGCUCCAAGAUUGCCCUUACCUCUGGCAACUGGGAGGUUGCUACCAUUGUGAAGAUUGACACAUCCCGUGGCCUCAUCUACUACACGUCGACUGAGCGCCACAGUACGGAGCGUCACCUCUUCUCUGUCUCGUACUUGACGAAGAAGAAAACGGCGCUCGUUGACACAACUGUUCCUGCUGUCUGGUCCGCUUCGUUCUCGACUGGUGGUGGCUACUACAUCUUGCGCUAUGGUGGCCCAGAUGUGCCAUACCAGGAGCUUUAUUCUGUCGAUGCGCCAGCCAAGCCGAUCCGUACUAUUAACGCCAACACCAGACUCAUCAACAACCUGCAGAAUUAUCGUCUUCCGAACAUCACCUACCUCGAGCUGGCUCAUCCUUCCGGCGUCACCCUGAACGCUAUGCUCCGGCUGCCUGCCAACUUUGACCCGUCCAAGAAGUACCCGGUUCUCUUGACCCCCUACGGUGGUCCUAGCUCUCAGCAGGUCACGAAGUCUAUGCAAAGCUUUGGCUUCAACGCCUACAUUGCUUCGGACCCUGAGCUUGAGUACAUCACCUUCACUGUUGAUAACCGCGGUACUGGGUUUAAGGGUCGCGCGUUUAGGAGUCUCGUUGCCAAGAACCUGGGCGAACUUGAAGCUCAGGAUCAGGUUUGGGCCGCGAAGGAGCUUGCCAAGAACCCCUGGGUCGACGCCGACCACAUCGGUAUCUGGGGCUGGUCUUACGGCGGGUACCUGACCGCCAAGGUUGUCGAGCUCGGCGAUCCCAUCAUAUCGUUCGGCAUUUCAACCGCUCCGGUCUCAAGCUGGGCGCUCUACGAUACCAUGUACACCGAGCGCUACAUGAAGACGCCCGAACUCAACCCCGACGGCUACGCCAAGUCGGCGGUGCAUAAUGUGGCCGGUUUUAAGAAGCUUGCUGGAACCUUCCUCGUUCAGCACGGCACCGGUGACGACAACGUGCACUUCCAGAAUGCGGCUGCUCUGGGUGAUCUGUUGAUGGGUGGCGGCGUCAACCCGGAGAAGCUGGAGCUGACCUGGUUCACGGACUCGGAUCAUUCUAUUCGCUACCACAACCAGGGUCAGUUCUUGUACAAGCAGCUGAGCAAGAAGCUUUAUGAGGAGAAGAACAGGCAAACUACCAGCGGGGGGCACCAGUGGAGCAAGCGUGGUGAGAAGAGGGCCGUGGCGUGGAGCGCUUGA